AGCUGAGCUGGGGUAACCCACCGGAUGGGAACUACGGCUCUCCAGAGUUUGAUUGCCCGAGCGAGCUUGGCUAGGAAAGGGGAGGAGCUGGGGGGGCGUGAGCAGGGAGGAGGAAAGGGGCCCGAGCCAGGGCCCCGGGACAGGUUUUACCGCUGAGCUCUGUCAGUGGCGGCGGCGGCAACGACGGCGGGUUCGCGCCACCUGUCCGAGUGCCACCUGGUCUCCGCCGGGCUGUGGUUAAGCAAGCCUUUGGAGUGACCGCGGGUGACAGCGGCUCCAGGGACUCUUGGGGCGGAGUGGGGAAAGCCCCAGACCACCAUGCCGCGCUCAUUCCUCGUCAAGAGCAAGAAGGCGCACAGCUACCACCAGCCGCGCUCCCCAGGACCAGACUAUUCCCUCCGUUUAGAAAAUGUACCAGCACCCAGCCAAGCAGACAGCACUUCAAAUGCAGGUGGGACGAAGGUGGAGCCCGGGGACCGUUUGUCCCCUGAAUCGCAGCUGACCGAAGCCCCAGACAGAGCCUCCGCAUCCCCAGACAGCUGCGAGGGCAGCGUCUGUGAACGGAGCUCAGAGUUUGAGGACUUCUGGAGGCCCCCAUCACCCUCCGCGUCUCCAGCCUCGGAGAAGUCAAUGUGCCCGUCGAUGGACGAAGCCCAGCCCUUCCCCCUGCCUUUCAAACCAUAUUCAUGGAGUGGCCUGGCGGGUUCUGACCUGCGGCACCUGGUGCAGAGCUACCGACCUUGCGGGGCCCUGGAACGCGGCGCCGGCCUGGGCCUCUUCUGUGAAUCCGCCCCGGAGCCGGGCCACCCAGCCACGCUGUAUGGCCCGAAGCGCGCGGCGGGCGGCGUGGGGCCCGGGGCUCCAGGGAGCUGCAGCACAGGGGCCGGUGCCGCCGCUGGCCCUGGCCUAGGACUCUACAGCGACUUCGGGUCUGCGGCGGCCGGCUUGUAUGAGCGGCCCACCGCAGCGGCAGGCUUGCUGUACCCUGAGCGUGGCCAUGGGCUGCACGCAGACAAAGGCGCUGGCGUCAAGGUGGAGUCCGAGCUGCUAUGUACCCGGCUGCUGCUGGGCGGCGGCUCUUACAAGUGCAUCAAGUGCAGCAAGGUGUUCUCCACGCCUCAUGGGCUUGAGGUGCACGUGCGCAGGUCCCACAGCGGUACAAGACCCUUUGCCUGCGAGAUGUGCGGCAAGACCUUUGGGCACGCGGUGAGCCUGGAGCAGCACAAAGCCGUGCACUCGCAGGAACGGAGCUUUGACUGUAAGAUCUGUGGCAAAAGCUUCAAGAGGUCAUCCACACUGUCCACACACCUGCUCAUCCACUCAGACACCCGGCCCUACCCCUGUCAGUACUGUGGCAAGAGGUUCCACCAGAAGUCAGACAUGAAGAAACACACCUUCAUCCACACUGGUGAGAAGCCCCACAAGUGCCAGGUGUGCGGCAAGGCAUUCAGCCAGAGCUCCAACCUCAUCACCCACAGCCGCAAACACACAGGUUUCAAGCCCUUUGGCUGUGACCUUUGUGGGAAGGGUUUCCAGAGGAAGGUGGACCUCCGGAGGCACCGGGAGACACAGCACGGGCUCAAAUGAGCACCCUGGCUGGCUGCAAGCGGCAGCUACACAACACUACAGAGGGCAGCCUCCCUGCUUGCCAUCACUCCCUUCUGACUUUGCAGGCCCCAGGUCCAGUCUGCAGAUCCCACCAGGGUGUUCCUCCUUUGCCUUACCUCCUGCAGCUGCCAGAGGAGAUGAGGUACCUUUUCAAGUACAGCCCAGAGUAAGAAUCAAGUGACUUUCUAGGCUUCGGACACAAAUAGGCUCCUCUACACCUGAAGACAAAGGCAUAGUCAAAUGGGGACCAGAAGAAAUCUUAGACUUCACAGUCCUUCCCAUUUCUAGCCCUAAUCUACAGACAGGAAUGUCCUUUAGGUUUCUUCCCUCACCUUCUUGACCUGCUCCAGUUAUGUGUGUGGAAGAGGAGGACUCAUCAUUUACAAGGUGGACACAUGCUAAUAUUUUUAUCUAGAAAGGAGAAUGAGUGUUAAAUUUUAUUUUUUUUUCUUCUGGGGAGUCUGCUGACCCCUUCUUUUGGGUGCUGCCUAUAAAUCUUGGAGGAAUCAUUUCUCUUCCUCAAAGACUGAUUCAGAAACUGAUUUUGGGAAGUUUAAUACUUUUGAAGUCACGAGAUGCACCAUCAAGGCUACCCCAAGAAGGAGCAGAAGAGAAGUUGGUGAUGAGAGGGGAUUAGAAGUCCUCCCUUCAGGAGGCCUGUGAAGGCUUUAUCAGUGGAGGUAAAAGCACAAGCAAUGCCUGUGGCCAAGAUGUCUUUCAUUGACUCAGCACAUGUUCAUGGAUCACCAGCUGUCAAGGUACCAGGCACCACGCUAGGUACUGGGGAAGAGAGACUGAAGUCACAGCUCCUGACUCUGCUCCUCAAAAGCUAACGGUUGCACCUCUGAGUGGCUGAGUCUGUUCUUACCCUUGGAGAGAAUUCUGAGAAGACAACACAGAAUUGUAAAUCUUCCCUUUUGACCCUUUUGGAUUUUAUCAGGUGUAAACAAAAAGCAGCUGAACAGUUACUUCAAA